AGCAACCACUUCUGCAACGAGACAGUGACGAUCACAAAGGAAGUAGUGAUCAUGAAGGAACAGGAAGACACAUGUCAGUGUGGGGAGCUGUACCUUAGAGAGAAAGACGGCUGGAAGCUCCUGUAUGGCAAGAUGGUGGAGGUCUAUGGCGGUCCGACCGGCGCUUCUCAAGCCGUCAUCUCAAAAAACGCCGUCUGCUAUAUCUACAAGCCAGCGGUAACCCAGCCAGUAGACAUGUUGCGGACCGUGGCGCAAUGUUGUGAUGGGUGGAGCGGGACAAACUGCGACAUACCGGUGUGUGAACAACAGUGUCUGAACCUGGGAACGUGCACGGCCCCCAAUACGUGCGAAUGUCUACCUGGGUACCAUGGGAACGACUGCAGUAUCCCGUUGUUGGGUUACUGCUACACGACCGUCGGCUGUACCAUGAACACCUUCACACAGACCUACCAAACCGCACAAGUGGACUACAACAACUGUUGUCACCAAACGGAUGCGUUGGCGUGGGGCCCGGUCGGGCAAUGUUUUCCAUGUCAGACUUCGGGACUGACAAGCUUCUACAAAGGUGAGUUCCAUUUUUACCUCAAUGAUAAUUAG